UUUACACAAACAUAGAAAUAUGGAUUUUCUCAUGUUUUGCAGAAUGAGGGUUUUGCUUGCCAUCAUCUCUUUUGUGGCACUGGCCAGUGCAGACAGAAUCUCUCUGGAAGACCUGGAGUUCAGUGCCUGGAAAUUGAAGUUUGGUAAGAUCUAUAAGUCUGUAGAGGAAGAGUCUCAGCGUAAGAUGAUCUGGCUGGAAAAUCGCAAGAUGGUCCUGGUACAUAACAUGCUGGCUGACCAGGGCCUUAAGAGCUACAGACUCGGCAUGAACUACUUUUCAGACCUGGAUAACCAGGAAUACAGGCAGUCUGUAUUUAAGGGCUGCCUGCGAUCCUUCAACAGCACCAAGAGACACAGUGCAUCUACAUUCCUCCGACAGGCAGGUGGAGCUGUUCUGCCAGAUACUGUGGACUGGAGGGACAAGGGCUAUGUGACUAAGGUUAAGGACCAGAAGGAUUGUGGCUCUUGCUGGGCCUUCAGUGCGACAGGGGCACUGGAGGGUCAGACAUUCAGGAAAACUGCUAAACUGGUGUCACUCAGUGAGCAGCAGCUGGUAGACUGCUCUAGGUCAUUUGGUAACAUGGGCUGUGGUGGAGGCUGGAUGCACUGGUCCUUUGAAUAUGUGAAAGAAAAUGGAGGACUGGACACAGAGGACUCUUACCCCUAUGAGGCCAAGGAUGGGCCUUGCAGAUAUAAUCCAGCCACUACUGGAGCAACCUGCACUGGUUAUGUGAACAUAACCUAUACAGAUGAAAAUGCUUUGCAGGAAGCUGUGGCCACCAUCGGACCCAUUUCUGUCGCCAUAGAUGCAGGCCACAUAUCCUUCGGCCAAUAUACAUCUGGUAUCUAUGAUGAGCCCAACUGUAGCAGCACUGACCUGGAUCAUGGUGUCCUGGUUGUUGGUUAUGGCACAGAAAAUGGACAGGACUACUGGCUGGUCAAGAACAGCUGGGGUCUUGACUGGGGUGACAAAGGCUAUAUCAAGAUGUCCAGGAACAAGAAUAACCAAUGUGGUAUUGCCACAUCAGCCAGCUAUCCUCUGGUUUAAGGGUGUGUACAAUAAAAGUAAACAAUAUGAUGGCUAUUGAAGGAUUUGUUUUUAUUUUAAGUGAUGAUAACUGCCAUUAUCUGGUAGCUUUAAAAAAAAUAAUAAUAAUAUUAAGCUAUUCAUGCUUUUCCAUAGGUGUGUGAAAGACAGCUCCAUGCUUAAAUCAAUCUGCAGCAACUAUUUAACUUGGUUAUUCAACAUGUAAAACAUUGCACAGUGGAAUUUCUGUACAAAUAGAGUAAAAUAUCUCUGACUACUGUAGCUGGACCUUAUUUUCUACUACUGGUACUGUGUUGAUGUGUAUUG